AUGGCCAACACCGGCUACACGUCGCCAUUUCCAACCUCUCACGACACCAUCGGACAGUCGACACUUGUGACGCCGCUAUUUAUGCCAUCUUCCCCACCACAGCAACCUUCGAGUCCUUUAACCGAAGAGCCAGGUUCACCACUGCGCGCCGAGAGCCCUAUUUCCGAACAUUUUGAGCCGGAGGUCUACAAUGAAGAACAGCCCGUAAACAAUGACAAACACGAACAAAAUGAAAAAGAAAACUUGUCUCGUCCUUCAACACCAGGCAGUAUGACAGGCUCUGAUCUGGAUGCUCGCCUCGCAGAGUAUACCCUGGACUUCAGCCAGUUCCCCAGCAGCAAAUUCUUGGACGGCAAAGAAUCAGACCUGCUACCAGAGAUGCAUGGCGGUGCAGAGGACAAUCUUUCAGAUGUGGGUGGACCCGAAGACUUUACGGCCAACAUGGAAAAAUACUUGAUGGGAGAAGGCAUAUCAAGUGUUAGGAAAAGCCGUCUCUACGAUUCUAGCGACCUACCUGGUUCGGCGCCUCGCCAUCAGUCGAUGAGAUCAAGAGAACCUGUCAUUGAACAGGACGUGGAGUCAGGUGAAAUGAGUGAAUUCGGGCCUCCCGUUGAUAUGUCCACUCCGUCGCACCUCUUACACAGGACAAGUGCGCUUGCAAGAGACUCGACGCACCUAGAAGACAUUGAGGAGGACCCGGCCGAUGAAUUACCAAGUCCAGCUUCCCCAUCAAAUCGCCAAUUGCCGACAUCAUCACAUGAUGAAGCAGAAGAGCGUGAAGAGCGAUUACGACAACGCAUUGUUCAAUUAGAGGAGGAAUUGAAGGAGAAAGAGGAGCAUCUGCAGAAAAAUCACAAGCGGGUUUUGGAAGCUGCCUCAGCUGGCGAGCAAAUCCGGCACCUUCAACUAGAGCUGCAGCGCAAAAGCGACGAGCUGGAAGCAAUUCAGACCAGUCGUACCGACGAGUCUGCUUUGCGCGAGCAGAUAAAGUCGCUCCGGAAGCAGAACGAUGAGCGCGAAAAGAUGUUGCAACAAUCCGCUGCCACCAAUCCCAAUCUCAGUGCACUGGAACAACAGAUGCGUGAUAUGCAGCAACAAAUUCAGAACCGAGACUCCCAGAACUCUCUGGAUACGGAGCGAUUGGAGACAAUUGCCCAUCUGCGUCAGCAACUGCAUCUCACGCAGGAACAACUCCAGAAAAGGGACGAGGCUCUCGAUGAGACGAUGGCCAAGUUGCGAGAAGUCACUCGGGCGAAGGAGGUGCAGCUUCAUGAGGGGAACACUGAGAUCGAUCGACUCAAGGCUGAAAACGAUCAUCAGGCACUUGAGAACGAGCGACUUGAGACCGAGUUGGAUCGUGUUAAUGCGGACUAUCAAGCUCUAGAGGACCGCCUUACAACUCUUGAGACUCGAAAUCAACCUCUCGAGGAGAGAAACCAGUCUCUUGAAGCUGACCUGACUCGUGUUCAGUCCCAAGUGGAGGCUCAAGAAAAUGCCCUGAAAGCUGUUGCUGCCGAUCUCCCCAUCAGUGGGCGAAGCACAUAUAGCGAGAUCCUCGACCUCAUUAAAGACCUAGGCCACCCGAAUUCUGAACUAGAUCCCGAACUACCCGUGGAAAACGAGUUCAUUGAGAGCAAAGUUCCACAGGACCCGAAUCAGGAAAUCGCCAAGCUUCAACAUCAAUUACAGGAUGCUACCGCUGCCCAAAAGGCGGCGGAUGCUGAGGCGGGUCGACUGCGCGAACAGGCCACCGAGACACAGGCCCUCAUCAAGACCAUUGAAACGGAGAAUUCACGACUCACUAGUCGCGUCGAGGAAUUAACUUCGAACCUUAACAAGACCCAGCAUGAGUUGACCCGCACUCAAGAAGAGCAUGCCGAAUCUCUCGAAACCGUGGCACGUCUCCAAGAGGAGGCCCUUGGCCAACCGCCUAGCCCACCACUCUCGCCAGCCCGAAACCGCGGUGUCCUCGACACCGAGGAGCCAGAAGUUGCAAUUGACGCCGCCGAGCUGGAAGCUUCUCAUCAGGCCCAGAUUCGAAGUCUCCAAACCGCUCAUUCAACCGCAAUCACCACUCUCCGCUCCUCACACGCCGAAUCCAUGCGCAAGAUUCGCAACCUGCUCACAACCGCGGAACAACGCGAAGCAGACCUGCGGGUUGAGCUGACUACUCUCCGCACCUCUGUUUCCGCACAGGAAGCUCAUUUGUGCAAGACAUUUAAAUCCGAGAUUAAGCAUCUGGAAGCUGUCAUUGCCGCAAAGGAUGAGACCGCCGCUGCUGUUGACGAGCGCAUCGCUUUGUCCGUGGACAAGCGAGAGCGCGAAUGGGAGCGCCGUGUCGAUCUGCUCCUGGAGGAGCGCGACCGGAUGGCGAGAGCCCUUAUGAUGUACUGGGGAGAAAAGGAGAUAGGCCGUGGGCCUGGCCCUCUGGCCGAAGGUAAAGAGAACCGUCGGCGAGAUGGAGAGAAGCCCGAUAUCAAGCAGGGACAGGCGUACAAAUAUAAGUAUGCCCAGAAACACCGCUCUCGGAAUGCGGAUAAGAAUGUAUAG